CCUGUGCAAACAUUGCACACUUUGUAAAUCAUUGUUUUAAGUGCGAAAAUAGCUUCAGCGUCAUAUUGGAACUUAAUUUUGAGCAGCAUCCCCAAGAGAAGCGGUGCUGUAUGUGUGGCUUAGAGGAAAAGAGGCUGUUUGAUAUUUCAAAGUAAAAUAAGUUAAACACAUCUUGAAACACUAGAUAAUAAGAAUUAUUAGAAAAAAUUUACUCCAACUGCUGACAUCUGAUGCCUAAAAGUUAAACUGCUUUUAUGAUUUGUUUCUUUUGGAGGAAUGGAAAUUUAAAUGACUUUGUUACCAAUUAUCUUUUUGUUGUUUACUAAUGCAUGCAGGCAGAAUGAAAUACAAAGACCAGGCCAACACAUGUUUGAUAUAAAAAUCAGCUCUUCACAAUGUGCCAUCUCCAAACAUGUCAUUGAUAAUAUACAUGGAUUCAAUUUUCCAAAUGUGAAUAAAGGGUAUAGAGAAAAUAACUACAAAAAGAAAUUUAUCAAGGAUAUAUCAUAAGAAAGUUUAAAAAUGUGUAGUUACAAUUCUGAUUUCUUCUGAUCUGACAGGUUAAUAUAAUGACAAUAUGAUCAAUGCACAGGCUAUUAUAAACCGAUGAUAAUUCUCACAUUUGAAUUCUCAAUUGUGAACACAACUUAUAUAGUUAUUGAGCAAUAAGAAACAUAAAAUUUAAUCAACACAUGCUUGAUUUUUUGACCGCCUUGAUUUAUAUAAUGGAAUGUUCUUGACUUUCGGUCAUUACAAAAACAUCAUUUAAGUUGCCAACAUUUUGGCUUUUAUUAAGUCUUCAUGAAGGGUACAAAAGGAUUUUUUUUAUACACUCAUCUAAUAUAAUAAUCUAAUACUUGCCUUACACAGUGUUAAAUAAUUAUGUAUACAUAUUUACAUAUCAUUUUUACUCCGGAUCUCUGGGACCUAUCCAUCAUUUUCACAACUCUUCCUUUCCACAUGUUCCUUUCUGCACUUUCUGAUUUCCAUUUCAUCACAUUACUUUCAUAUACCAUGCCAUCUUGGCACUACAAUAGCCUCAUUUUUACACUCCUCUCCUUAGUCUAUGAGAGAGACUAAGGAGAGGACAUAUAAACCAUUGUGUAUUGAUUCAAGAAAACUUAGCAGAGAAUUCCAAGUGAUCAUUAGAAAUUCAGAAUCAACACCUAGACCAGGCACAAGUGAAUUCCUACAAAGUUUAGUUUUUGGUUCAACCCUGUUUAUAUUAUGUGCAACCGAUCUGCGUCACAGUCUUUCAUCAGAUUUCAACUGCUUUACGACUACCCAAAAUAAUUGCAAACCUGCUCUUGAAUUUCUCCUUACAAGGUGGACUCAAUAUAGUGAAUAACGGGUGGAAAACUGCAGAUUACUACUUUUAAAUUCCAGCAAAUGCACUGUUCUUCACAGAACAACCCAACUUGAAGGUGCAAUAUUAGAAAGCAUAUGCUAAAAUCAAUAGCACAGCUAAAUGAUGUGGGAUCUGGUUAAAAAUGAAUUGAAAUGAGAAAAACAUAACUGCUGUCAUCAAAUGAGCUAACAAAACUAUCUACAACUUCAGUAUUAUGAUAGAUGUUGAGAAAUAUCACUACUCAGUUGAGAACAGAGAAGAAUCAAGGCUGUUAUCAUAGGAGCAUACAAAAUUGUGAAAGGUGUGAAAUUCCACACACCACAAAUUAACCAUCCUGUUUGCAAGUUCCAUGGAUACCAGGCCCAGAGGACAAUUUAGAAUUGAGGAAGGAGAGAACCAAAACUGGACAACGACACUCCUUAAUCACCAUUCAUGUACAUGAAAUGCUCUUCCAGCAAAUUGUAUUGAAGCAGAAACUAUUGACUCAUUUAAACACUACCUUGAUAACUACAUACAAAGUAAUGAAUGAUAUUUGUGGUUAACAUGUGAUUCACAAAUUUGGUGUAAUGUAAAAUGUCAUGUGAUGUGUAAGGUAUGUGUAUAACAGUUUCUUGCUGCUGGCAUAAAGAAUGAAUACAAAAAAAAAGUUAACCACAUUGGAAACAAAACUGAACAUUGUGGGGCAUCAUGUGAGUCUCAUACAGUUGUCAAUAGAUAUUUCCAGUGGUCACUUAGAAUGUUCCACCAUUAAGUAUUCUGGAAUCCAUAUACAUAGGUUGCCCUAUAUAUCCAAGGAGAGGAGUUAUUAAAUUAAUCAUUUAUGCGGAGCUUUGUCAAAUGCUUUGGCAAAAUAGGAGUAGCUGACAUCCAUUGGUGGUUUUUGAUCUAUUGCUCUUAUCCAUACAUCAAUCAAUUAAACAAAUUUUUAGUUUAAUAUCUGCCUGGGACAAAACCAUGUUGUUACGUGGAAGUGAUGAAAUAAAAUGAUUUUGAAAUAUUACCGCCUCAAUCUGGGAAUGGUUUUACUUUCUUAAAGUGUUAAUAUUGACAUGCCAAAGCAUCAAUAGUGAUCUUAAAAAGUUUUUCAUGAGCAAUGAUAUCUGAUUACUGUAUGGUUCAUCUAUCAUAGAGUAUACUACCUUGGAGAAUGAUUUUAAAAAAAUCAAUAAUUAAAAAAAAUUAUGUAAAGCAGUCUUUAUGAUUGUAAGUUAGUUAAAAAAGUUCAAUGAAAUUAGUGUUAUCAUUUCUGUAUUAUCAUUUAAUAUAUUAUGUGUUUGUAAGCUUCUGCGGCCGGAGUCAUAGGAUACUUUGCUGCCUGGGAUGAGCCACGUCUCAGUUGCUUGAGCUGAUGUUUCGGCCAUCAUGUAGAUUUCUUCAGAGCUAUACUGCUGGUAUGCAGCAUAGCUCUGAAGGAGGCCACUACUCUAUGACUGAAACAUUAGCUCAAUCGACUGAGAUGCAGCUCACCCCGGACAGCCAAAUAUCCAAUUUUAUUUGUUAUAUCCUCUGCAUUGAUGCAUUUUCUUUUGACCAAUCAUAGAAGUUCUAGGAAAAGUUUCCUAAUGAUUAACUUUUCUUUGGAUUUUAAACAAAAACAUUGAAUAUAUCAAUAUAAGUUUUGUUGAACAUUAGAAAUAUCGGUAAUAUACGGGGUGGGGGUGGGAACAUGUGUCUUGGCAAGGGUGACAAGCUGUCUAAAUCCGCCCCUGAUGAGGAACAUUGAUCAGUGAUUUUUUACAAUCAUCUACAAAGAUGAAUGACAAAAUUUUUAUGCAAAUGUAUCAGUGGUAUUAUUGAUUGUCCAGAUCUUUUAACUAAAAUAUAUGAUGUAUGAUGCCUUUAAUAUUGAUGUAUUGAAAUCAUUGAAAGAAGUCUUAGAAAUCUUUAGUAUUGCAAUAUGAAUAACUUUGCUUUUAUCUGAGCCAAUUAAUUAAUCAAGUAAUAUAUUAUUUAUUUUUAAUCUUAAAUCAAAGGAUGCAACAUGAAAGAAAGGGUUACAUCAUUGUUAUUGUUCCAGAUGCAGUAGUGUCUUCACUGGAUUUUUAUUGCAUAUUUUGUGUCAUUUUGUUUGUAAUAGGAAUGAGUUCCCGGAAAAGUAAUAGGAAAAGUAAGAAAGGAAAGGUGCCUACUGGAUCUUCUGAUGCAAUUGAUGGAAGCAUUAGUGACCAUGAGAAAGCUAACUCUGAUGCACCAUCAGAUAUAGAUAUUCUUAGGAAAGAGAAUGAAUUGUUGAAGAAGGCAAAUGAGGCAAGUGAGGUGGAAUGUGAAAGGCUUAAAAUUGAAAAUCUGGAACUAAAAGAUGAGAUAUUAAAAAUUCUCAGUGAGAACAAGCAACUAAAGCAAGAAAAAGAGAAAUUGGAAAAAGUUGUGGAGAAAAGUGGAAAUGUUUAUAAAGGAAUGCUACAAAGUAGUGAAAUGGAAGUAGAGAAUGAUAGUUUCAUUGAAGAUACACAAGUACCAGCACAACAUUUGCUGCAAAACACAGCAAACCAAAAACCAGCUGAUGCAGAUAUAACAGGUGAUAGUUAUUUACCAACACUACACACUAAAUCAACAAUGGAUGUUGAAGAUUGGUCACAGAAUGAGCCAAGAAAGGGGAUGGAUUGGACUAGUCCUGAUUGUGAGGGAAAAAGUGAUACUAAACGGUCGGAAAAUGUGACUAAUGAGUCUUGGGGUCAAACCUAUGAUAUUGCUUGUGGAGGAGAGGAACCAUUGGCUCCCCAGAGAAGUUAUGGCAACCAACAGGAGCAGAAAAAUAGAUGGGAUAAAGAAAGCAAUACAAAACAUGACAAUGAAGGUGGAAAUGUCAGGCAGUAUGGCAGUCAAGCAGUAUAUAAUAAAGAGAGAAGAGGCAAUGAAUACAAAUAUGGUAAUGAACAGACAGGCAAUAGAAGGCCACAUGGACAUGAAUUCAGACAUGGUAAUGAUUUUGGUGGGCCAUAUGGAGCUCAUGGCAAUCAAAGGAUGUACAAUGACCUAGGGGACAGGCGAGGAGACCAGAGUGGAAAUGAGAGACAUUUCAGGAACAGAAGAGAUGGAAACCAGCAAAGAUACGACAAGAACAAAGAACAUUAUUCAAAAGUCAAAAUUGAAGAAAUAAAUGGAGAUCUUUUUUCAGCACCUGAAGAUUAUUCUUUGGCUCAUUGUGUGGCUGCUGAUUUGAGAAUGGGCAGUGGCAUAGCAGUGCAAUUUAAGCAAAAAUUCAAAAAUGUUGGUGAACUUGCUGGCCAGAGAAAAAAAGUUGGUCAAGUUGCAGUACUUGAGGAGGAAGGACGUUUUAUAUAUUAUCUUAUAACCAAAAAAUUGAGUACUGGCAAACCAAGACUAAUAGAUUUAAAAGAUUCAUUACAAGACAUGAAAAAUCAUGUUGAGAAAAAUCAAGUGAAGAAGAUUGCAAUUCCUAGACUAGGUUGUGGUCUGGAUAGACUCAAUUGGAGAGAUGUUCGCCAAUCAUUACUAGAAAUUUUUGCAGAUGUGGAUGUAACAUUUACAGUUUAUAAUUUCACCAUCGAGAUGCAGACAUCUGAUCAUCCCACUAAAAAGUCAUCGAAGGGCCUAUAUAUUACUAAUCAUUUAAUGAGGCUUGUUAAUAUAGAACGUUCUACACUUCUAGUGGUUUUUGGAUCAGAAUGUGGUUAUGUAGAUGCAACCAUGCAAGAACUUGACGAAAAGUUUAGGUUCAUUAAUGAUUAUAAAACAAAACCAAAAAAUAUGGGUGAUGUUCUGGAAGUUACUAAAUUGGGUGAAAUGAUAUGUAUUCUUAUUGUAAAGAAACGCAAAGAUGAUUUAAUGUCAUAUGUAGCUUUAGAACAGUGUUUAGUAAGACUGAAAAAAAUUUUCAAAAAUAAUGAAUAUACUUACAUGGGACUUCAAGCAUUUAUGGAUGGUGAUGAUGAUUUAACAGUUGCCAAAAUUGUCACCUUAUUAAAGAAUAUUUUUGCUUAUACAGAGGGGGAAGCCUGGAUUUGUUGGCCUAAUGAAUUAGAAAGUAUUUAUGCAAUAUAUAAUACAAAGGAGAGGGAUUAAUCAUACACAAACUCUUAUUAGAAGCAGUGUGUUUAAUUUCAUUAUAAGGAAACAUUGCUAAAGUUUGUAUAUGAAUGAUAAUUCUUAUUUUGGAAGAAUCUUUUAGGUAUUGCACUAAUUAUAGAGAUCAUGCUUUUGUUAAUGUAUUUUUAUUUCAAAUACAAAUUGUAGUAUAUCCAUUAAGAGACAGGUAGUGUGUUUUAUCUUAUAAAAAUUUGACAACUCAUUAAAUGACUAUUAUAAAUUUACUUGUUUUGAAAUUAGUUUAAGAUAUUUGUUGAACUAAUGUGUUACAUACAUGGACAGUUAUAUUUCUUUCUUUAGAAGCAUAAUGGUAAUAUUGUCUAUGCAGUUUUGCAAAAAUUAUUAAUUCUAUAAUUGAUUGGGUCUUUUUAGAUUGCAUCAUUUUAAUAUUUAUCUAUUUACAUAUAACUAAUAUCAGAUCACCUAAUUUCACAACCAGUGAUUCUUAUUUUGAUUUCAUUUCUUUCUUGUGUGGUUGUGUGUGAUGCACAAGUGUGAUGCAGGUUAAUGUUUUCAUAAGAUAUGUUACCAAUUUAUAAAUGAAAUAAAUUUUGUAAUUUAUUACAGUUUGUUUCAUUUCUAAGUGCAUUUAGAGUAUAAUUGUAAUAUUUUUAUAAAGCAUUAAAAAAAAUUCUUAAUAAAUACUUUUGCUCUGGUGAUACAUCGAUUCCAAAAAGUUUUUUUUCCCCAACUUUCCUUGAAAUUCUUUGUUAUUUUUUGGUUUUCCUAGAGGCAACGGCAUCCUCCAAAUUUCUAAACUUUUAAAACCCUUAAAUGAAAAUUCUGGAUAAUAAUAUUUUAAUGCUAAAUGAAGGUUGAAAAGUAUCAUGUUUAGCAUAUUUUUGUCAUCUAGAAGAGAGACAUUAGAGAGUCUGCAUUUCUGUGCCCUACAAUAUCCUGAACACCAUUGUAUGAAAGGAAUACUGAUUAUUUUUUCUGAUAGUUUGUAAAGAUUUAGUUGAAUAAAAAGAAAUAAGAGGCCAAUUUGACAUUUUUAAAAGAAAUGAAUCCACUCCUCAGACUAUAAAAUGAGCCCUCAACAUACUCUUGGUGGACUGGGCAGUCCAUGAGCUCUAUUAAUUAUUAGUAAGCUAUAGAUUUAUAGGCAUGAAAACUAGAAAUAUGCAUUUAAAAAUGUAAAAUAUGUAUUUAAAAAAGCACUAUAGUAUUUUCUUUUCCUUAUUUCUGUACUUUGUUGAAAGUUUCUGAAGUGAACACAAUGAGUACUAGUUACC